AUGGGGUCUCCAUCCGAUGGUGGGAACUUUGACGAGGGGCCGAUUGUGCUGGAUCACGUAUCCCACGAUGGGCCUCAACCGAAGAAGCGCAAGGUCGCGGACAAGGAAGAAGGCCCCGGCCCUUCGUGCCACUCUUGUCGAAAGAGAAAGGCGAGAUGUUCAAGAGACCAGCCUUGCUCCAGCUGUGUAAAGCUAGGCACAGACUGUGUGUACGAUCAGGAAAAGUCGAAGCCCGGUAUGCGACCUGGUGCCAUCGAGAGCCUGAACCAACGAGUGGCCGCACUAGAGAACAUGUUCGUCGGACAAGGCGUUCUCUGGCAGCAGAUGUGGAACAGUAUCAACCACCAAAGUCGCCACGAUUCCGGCUUCUCGCCAGAUUCCAACCAACCGCUAUCCAUUCAAAAACAGGCGUCCGACGUGAGAGAAUAUUUUGCAGCAUUGUCGUCCAACCACGCUCAUCAUCCUGGUUCAACGGAAAGCAGCACCUCCAAGGGCAAUGCUAGGACGCCUGCGAGCGGCCACUCAACCCACCACCCUCUUCCAUUCAUGGACCAUGGCGACCGGCAUCUCCCCCCCGACGCGCUCGUCGAUUCCCUAGUCGAGACCUACUUUAUCCAAGUCCACCCCUGGAUACCAAUUCUACAUGCGAAAAAGUUUAGAGCGAUGCUCUCUAAUCCGUUGGAACGAGCACGAGUGUCGACAAUCCUCCAUGCAAUUGUAUCGCUCUGCAUUAGAUUCUCCGAUGAUCCCCAGAUUGAAGACUCUCCCCACCUCAGAUCCUGGUAUUCUACUCGCUGCCGCCAGACCGUAAUUCUCCAAAGUAUGGAGUCCUUCUCGGUCGAAAACCUACAAGCGUUGAUUAUAUGUGCCUUUGACACAAUUGGAAGUGGCAGAGGCCCCUCUGCAUGGUCCAUCAUUGGAAGCAUGACGCGGACUGUCGAACAGCUACGACUCAGUACCGAGGACGAUGAGAAUCAGUCGCAAUCACCAACAUGUAGGGCACUCUUCAAAAGGAUGGCGUUCCUUUCACCGUCCUCCACAUGGAUCGAAGUGGAGGAGCGCCGUCGCGUCUUCUGGAACGUGUUCCUCAUGGACCGUUUCUGUAGCAUUAGUACCGGAUGGAACCUCUCGCUCACCAGCGCCGAUGUGAAAAGGAGACUUCCGUGCGAGGGCGCCAUGUGGGAAGCAGGCGAGCCAAUCCAGACACCCACGCCAUAUUUCGGAGUCGCGAACCAGUCGUAUAAUCGCGACACUGACUGUUUACCUGUCGUUCGAGAAAGCGAAGAUGGCCAGGCUUCUCUCGGUGGUUUCGCCUUUUGCAUCGAGGCAACCGAAAGCCUCAGCCUUGUCACGUCCUUUUUUCUGCAAUACGAAGUCGACUUUAAGCAAGUUCACGAGGUUCAGAGGUGGUUGAUGAGAUUCAAGCAACUCGAUUUGCGACUGGUGCAAUGGAAAUUCUUCCUCCCCGAGAAAUGGCGAGAAGCAUGUGUGAUUAAUGAUGACGGUAAUCUGGAUCCGAACCUGGUCUUGGCCCACAUGACACACAAUACGGCUGUGGUCCUUCUACAUCAAGGACUGGCAUAUCCCUCGCCAGAGUGGCAGUCUGUUCCGGUGAGGCUCCCAUCCGCGUCUAGUGCAGAGACUUGCCAAGCUGCAGCUGUCGAAGUUGCCACGAUAGCCGCGCAGUUUCUCCACAGCUCGGGCAUUCUAACCAGCCCGCAAUUCGCCUUCUGCCUCUUUGUCUGUGGCAGGAUGCUUCUAGCCCACGCGGGAUAUUACAAAAGCCUUCUGCACUCGGCAUUCGACUCUAUUGUCAUGAGUCUCGAGGACAUCGCCCGCCGCUGGAACGGCAACCAGUCUCCAGUGACCAAUAAUUUGGCGUCCAAGUUUGCUUCUCGCCUUGUUCAAGCACACCUCCAUGGAGCCAAGGCGGUUGACCUCCGAGAGGAAGCAUUCUCGGAAAAGCAAAACGCAGGCAUCUCUUCCAGCGUUACAGAUGGAGAUUUCAAUCCCAUGGGACUGAGAUCUUUGCCAGGAGCCGGUUCUCCCAUCGACCCAAUGCUACAAACCAGAGGCUUAAACGAGGACCUCAGUCUUAAUGGCCCGCACAUAGAGUCCCCGGAGAGUAUUACCCUGGCCUUUCCGCCUCUCCCUGUAUCGUUCGAACUACACAAUGUUGCUCGAGAUUCCAAAUUUUCGUCUCUACCAAACCAAGGGAUUCUGUUAGAUGAACCAACAAUCAACAAUUCAGAUAAUCUUGGGAAUUGUCUUGAAUUUUACGGCUUAUCCGAUCAAUCAUUCUUACCAUCUGAGCGAGUUAGCAUGUUGAGUCGAUCUUACACAGAGAGUUAG